AUGGGCGUCUGGACCUCAGGCACCGACAUCUUCUUAAGCCUUUGGGGGACGUAUGUGUCUCCAAGAAGCCCUGGAUGGGUGGCCUUUACCCAGCACGUGGGCGUUUGCUGUUUUGUUGCUUUCAUUUCCGUGGGCCUCCUCUCUGGGGCCUUCUACUGGUUCCUGUCCUCAUUCAUCAUCUUCAUCACCUCCUGGGUGGCCACGUGCGUUCUGCUGUGCUGCUCCAAGCACGCACGGUGUUUCAUUCUGCUCUUCUUCCUCUCGUGCGGCCUGUGUGAAGGCAGGAACGCUUUGACCGCUGCCGGCACAGGGGUGGUCAUCUUUGGACACGUGGAAAAUAUCUUUCACAACUUUAAAGGGCUCCUGGAUAGUAUGACUUGCAACUUGAGGGCAAAGAGCUUUUCCAUCCAUUUCCCACUUUUGAAAAAAUAUAUCGAAGCAAUUCGGUGGGUGUACGGCCUUGUCACUCACCUGAGUCUAUUUGAUGAUCUUGUGUCUUGGAACCAGACCCUGGAGGUCUCUCUUUUCAGUCCCAGCCAAGCCCUGGAGGCUCAGCUCAACGACACCAUGGACAAAGCCCUGGGUGUCUUGUACCAGAUGGUGACGGCGACGGAGGUGCUGUGCUCCCUGGGGCGGCAGCUCCUUGCCCUCACGGGGCUGCUGCUGGUGCUGCUUGGCACUGGCCUCUUCAUGAAGCGAUUCUUGGACCCUUGUGGCUGGAAGUUUGAGAACAUCUACCUCACCAGGCAAUUUGUUCAGCUGGACGAAAGGGAGAGGCGUGAACAGAGGCCCUGUGUCCUCCCGCUGAAUAAGCAGGAAAGAAAGAAGUAUGUUGUCAUCCCGUCUUUCUGGCUGACUCCUAAAGACAGGAGGAACCUGGGCCUGUUUUUCCUCCCGGUUCUUACCCACCUCUAUAUCUGGCUGCUAUUUGCAGCCAUAGAUUACCUGCUAUACUCGCUCAUUUUCUCCAUGAGCAAACAUUUCCAAAGCUUGCCAGGGCUCGAGGUGCACUUGAAACUGCACAGACAGGAACAAGGGACUCAAGACAUCAUCCAUGAUUCUUCCUUUAAUAUAUCUCUGUUUGAACCGACCUGCAUCCCUAAACCGAAGCUCCUUCUGUCUAAGACGUGGAUUCCUCUCAGCAUCAUUCUUGUGAUACUAGUGAUGCUGGGACUAUUGUCCUCUGUCCUGAUGCAACUUAAAAUCCUGGUGUCAGCAUCCUUCUACCCAAGCGUGCAGGGGGAGCGCAUGCAGUACCUCCACGCGAGGAUACUGAAGAAAAGGUCAAAGCAGCCAGUGGGAGAAGUAAAAGGGAAACUGAGUCUGUACUUUACAAAGAUUCAUUUCUGGCUUCCAGUCUUGGAAGUGAUUGGGAAGAAACAAAUGGACAUUGCCAGUGAAGACAACCCAGAAGAGACCCCACAAAGCUCUUCAUCCACCCUGUGCCAGCAGUUCUUCUCAAGUCUACAGAUGGCGGCACUUCCUCAUCCCCAGCGAGAGAGAACUGCACAGCGGGAUCCUUCAGCGGCCUGA